AUGAAUAUUCAAUUAUCGACAUUAUUUUUCAUCUGUAUUGCUUGUGCCAUUCCAUUAUUGGCUUUGUCAACAUCACGACAAGAAUUAGAAGAAACCCUACUCGAUGACAUCGACAAUGAUCUUAAUCGAUAUGUAAAAUCAAAUCAUCAUAAUUAUCAACCAUUCCGCUCUUUAGUCUAUAAAGAUCAUGGAAUUUUAAAGAAAGCAGCCGACUUCGAACAAAUAUUAAAACCGUGCAAUCGAAUGCCCGCUAGUGGUCGCGGUAAUGAGUAUGCUGAUUGUGUACGUAGUCGUAUGUUACUGAUGGGUAGACGAAAAUAA